AUGUUUCGAAGGCCGAUAAUAACUGAACGUUCGCUGCUACCUCGGAAGAUUCUGCUCGUGUUUAUUGCACUAUUCGUUAGUGACGCCUAUGGACACGUUGCUCUUACCUUCCCACGAGCACGGAAGUACGACCUCGACUUCCUCGACAGCGCAAGAACUCCUGGACCCUGUGGAAUGCCAAGAGGAGACAUAAAAACGAGUUUAUUGUCCGGUAGUCAAUUCAACGUAUCCUGGCAUCUGGCUUAUCCUCACCGAUUAUUUAUUUACCGAUGUCAAUACAAACAAGUUACGCCGGAGACUUUAAUGCUGGGUAGUAAAAUACCUGUCGUGGUAAAAGUAUUGGGCAUGUCAAGCUUCAGACUAUAUCACCACGAAGGAAUUCAGGGAGGAUUCAGACUACAGAUUUUGGACGCGUUGGACCGUCCUCUUGUGGAUCUUACUCCCGUGACUAAGCAGAGCGAAUUCGUUGAGGAGGACGCUACGGCACAGCAUUACCCAGUUGAGUUGCCUCAGAAUUUCACCUGCACCGAUUGCACAAUCCGGCUGCUUCGGGAGGCUGAAGAGUGGGGAACCAGUUACAGGUUUUGGUCUUGUGCUGACAUUGAUAUUUUAGAUAGAAAAACGUAUCGCGAAGACUGUAGUGGGCAUGGAAGAUCACUGGUUGGUAGAUGUAGGUGCGACAGAUUUUACCACGGUCCGAGGUGUGAAUUUAGGGAAGAUUGUCUUGAUGAUUCGGACUGCGGAAAUCAGGGCAUUUGCGUCGACAAUGGCGGUACAACGUUUCCCACGAAACAUUGUUAUUGCAACGUUGGAUGGUUUGGGCCAGGUUGCGCCAAGAGGUCCUCAAUUAAGUCUACUGAAAUUGACCUGCAGGGACACACGAUGAUACGUUUCUCUGAUGACUUUGUGUUUUAUUGGCGAAUACUCAAGGACUCUAAGGAAUUAGAAGGCGUAAUGGUAGUUAAUGGGACUUCGUGGGUGGGAGUAGGUUGGCGACCAAGCAGCUUAACGCCGUCAUGUCGUGCGUUCCCUGAAAUACACGGCAAGAAUCAUGUGACGCCUGAAACGUUGCCUCAGCCAGAACCGAAGUCACAAACCCAGGCCAAGAAUAAUAAUAAUAAUAAUAAUAAUAAUAAUUUGCGAGGACUUAAUAGUUCUCCGGCAGAGCCAAAACCUGAACCGACUCACGGGGCAUUCACAGGAGAGCCAACAGCAGAGCCAUCUUCGAGGUCAGCUAAAAGAAGGUCUCCGAAAUCUCCGCGGUCUGAAUUAGGUGUUACUGCGAUGAGUAUUGACAAUGACGUAACUGUUCAAACAAGCGUAACUUAUCAAGUUAGCGCGAAGCAAGGCCGUAAGAAACGGUCACCUGAAUCUACUACUGCACCGGUGAGACCAGAAGUCCAUGAGUACACACCGAAACACGAUUUCAAUCCAAUGGACUGCACGGAUAUGAUAAUCGGUAUGGCCAGAGAGAAUACCCACAGGAUCGGUGAUUAUUACACCCGCGACCGUUCCACACCGCGUAACGACGCAUUUUGGGGAGGAAAAGACAGCUUAACGGCUGCUAUGGGCUUCGAAAAAAAUGGCGUCACUACUAUAAUGUUCAGAAGGAAGUUGGUGACUAACGAGCUCACUGAUCAUGAAAUCGUUGAUGGUGAUAUGCAGGUAAUUUGGGCUAGAGGACAACAGCCUGGUAAUUACAUCCACCAGCCUCCUAGUGGUGUCGAAAAAAGCAAGGUCAGUGUCAAGGAUUUCUAUAAGACUGAUGAACUCAAGUAUCACGGCCACAAAAGUCAACGAGGUGUGACCACCUUCAACUUUUUCGAUGAGAAAACUAGGGGCAAGGAUGAACUCGGUGGACCUACUCCACUUGAAAGUGGAAAUUGUGGUGGUGAAUGGAAAUACCCCAGAAGUUGUACUGUGAAAAAUUUCACCUGCGAGUAUUACAUUCGGUGGAGUUAUAAGACAAGGAAGGAUCACAUUACGUUUACGAUUAAAACAAAAAAUACGGAUACUUGGACGGGAAUUGGAUUUUCCGAGGACGAUAAAAUGACACAAACAGACGCUAUAUUAGGAUGGGUAGAUAAGACUAAUGGAAGACCGUUUGUUAUGGACACUUGGAUCAGUGGUUACAGUCUACCACUCCUAGAUCCUUCUCAAGAUAUUUACAACAUAAGCGGUAAAAUUGAAAAUGGCGUAACUACGUUAAUGUUCUCCCGGAAACGAGCAACUAAAGACACUAAAGAUUUCUCGUUCACGGAUGACCAUUGUCUUUAUAUGAUGUUCCCCGUUAAAGGAGGAAUAUUUAAUUCGGUAAAUAAAAAAAUACGGAAACAUACCCGGGUGCCGUUUGUUUCGUCAGAUCGAAUUUGCAUUAAAUCCUGCGGAAUUGACGAACCAGACGAUUAUGAUAUGAUGACCGUUGCGCCUUCUGGAAUUGACUACGAGGUCGAGGUCAAAUUGGUCAAUGUUGGUGAUGGAUUCAAAGCUUCCCAAUUUGGCACGCAGGAGAACGACGAUAAUGGAAUAAUUGCAAAAAUAAAUGUAAUUGUGGAGAAAGAUGAAAAAGGACGUGCGGUAAAUUCGGAAGAUACUCUUAUGAUGAUUGAGGGAGUCCUCAAAGAAGCAUUAUUAACAGGAAGAAUAGGAUCUCUUCGUGUAGAUCCAAAUUAUCUGGUAGUCAAGCCCCCGAUAGGAUAUGAAUUGAGUGAAGAUAAAGAGAGGACCAUUGGUUCGAAUGAUUUGCUACUUGGGACAACAAAACUUUACGUCGUCAUUGGGUGUAUAGCAGCUAUGGUGGCAUUAGCAUUGUUACAAGCUAGCUGUACGCUCUACAAAGCUACUCGGAAGAGAAUGACUAAGCAGGAACGUUUGAUCACGAAUAAUAUGUGGAAAGAUUAUUCAACUGGUGCCAAAACAAAUUUCGGUUUUGAAGCCUUUGAGACUGAAGAAAAAGUACCACCGCCUCCGGUAUCAAAUCCUCCAAGAACGCGAGACGUAACAGACGGCGCAAUAACGAUGCCUGGAAAAAAUAUGAUGGAAAAACAUCGAUUGAGCAGUUCCAACGGGCACAAUAAUAACAACCAUAAUCAUAACUACACCAAUAAUCACCAUCACAGCCAUCAGAUGUCAUCUACACCACGAGCGACUUAUAGUUUGCCUCGAGCCCCUGGGCCUAGACAGCCGUCGCCUCCACCGCAGCUGAGUUACUACACCCAAGAUCGCAGAAAUAAUCGUUCCAAGAGUCAUGGUAAUGGGAACUCACAAUCCUCGGGCCAACAGCCCGACUUUUAUUUCAUGCCCAGUCAACGUAAAUACAGCGGGGAAGUUGUUCGCGUUUACGUUGAUUAUGGAAAUCAAAAACCUAAAUAA